UUAUUGUUUUAAACUUGUUGCUUAAAUUUGGGCCAAAUUCGGAAGUAUCGCUACUGCUGUGAAACUACUGUUUUAGCCUAUAUGUAAUUGUCUCGCUGAUUUUAUCAUGAUAGGCUACUGCUUGAGGACGAAAUAUCGAUGUCAAUUCGCAUUUGUGCAUGCGCUGUUGAUAAGCCUAUCAUCCGAUCAUUAGGUGUAGUAACUUAAAUUAACUGCUCCCGUAUCCCCCAGCGACAGUGGGCAUUGCACCUAUCGAUAUUUGAAGGGAUUGUUAAAACUCUGCGCUACAAGUUAAUGAUUUGCUCUUUAUCUCGUACUUAGUUCUUGAGCGUGGAGUUUGGAUUCUGCCCUCCACAUCGUUUAACAUAAUUUGAGUAGCUUCAGGUAGCUGAGCCUUUCUUUCUGGCCUGUGAGCGCCUAUUCAGUAAAGUUUUACCUGCAAUCACCUUCUUGCUCCUAAUAUAUAGUGCAAAAUGUUAGCUCUCUUUGUGCUUUUGCUCUGCAUGACAUCUUCAUUUUCUGCUUCUAAUAGAGGUGCUGCUGGACCCAGGCUGAACAAUGACCGGUUGUACAAAUUCAGCUACACCACGGAGGUGCUGGUGGACAGGGCCAAGGGGUCAAAAGAUGGCAGUUCUGGCUAUAGGAUCUCCAGUGACGUGGAUGUCAAUUUAGUGUGGAGAGACCCCAGCAGCAAGGACGACCAGCUCAUACAACUGGUGAUCUCAAAUGUGAAGAUAAAAAAUGUGGCCCCACGCUCAGCCAAGAAGAACAUAUUCCAGGGCGCAACAACGCAAAGCCUUCUCGGAGAGAAGAAGCUGGCAGCACUGGAAAGGCCGUUCAUGGUGCACCUGAAAAACGGAAAGGUGAGCAGCUUUUACUGCUAUAAGGCGGAGCCUGCUUCCAUUAAGAACUUGAAGAGGGGUGUGGCCAGCCUGCUGCAGGUGCAAUGCAGAUCUGGGAAGGUUAUAGAGAAUGACGUGUCCGGGAGGUGUACGGUAGAGUAUAAGGCUGCCCAGGGCCAGGUGACAAGGACCAAGGCUUUGGAGACCUGCAAGACCGCAGAGACCGGCUUCACCACCUACAUUCAGGUCCUGGGCGUGAGUGGGGAGUCCAGCUCUGUCACUGUUUUCACCCUGGAGGAUGGCUUCAUUAAGUCAGCCAUAGCCAAGGAGACUCACAUCUUAGCAGUCAAUGCACGCCGCACCACCGCUGCUAAAAUAGUGUCCAGGCAAAGCUUGACGCUGGUAGCAAUUGAGGCUGGGCCGUUUGAGGCUGCGGGGAAGAAUGUUGCCAGUGUUGUCAAAUCACUUGAUGAGAAAUUGUUUGCUGUUGGUGUGGCAGCUGAGAAGGUCAAAUCCCAAUGCAAGGGCUGUCAAUCGCUGUUUGAGCACUGGCAAGCAGUCCAGAAGCAGUUUGAACCAGAUAGCUUGUCUAAGGCCAUCGCUCCCCGAAGCUUCCUGGCUCUCAUCCAGAGCAUAAGGAAAGCCUCCAAGGACGAGAUCCUCCAAGUGCUGAAGCGCUCCAGCAAGACUGCCUUACCUCAGGUGGUGGACGCCGUGACCUCGUCCCAGACGCCCGAUUCCUUGGACGCCAUGCUGCAGUUCCUCAACUUUGCCGACCCCAAAGGCAUGGUUCUGCAGGAGAGGUUCCUGUAUGCCUGCGGCUUUGCCUCGCACCCCAACGAGAGAAUGCUCCAGGCUUUGGUGGACAUUUCAAAGGGCAAGAUUGGCAGUAAAGACAUCAAAGAAUCGGUGGUGAUCAUCAUGGGUGCCAUUGUGCACAAACUCUGUCAAAAAGGAGGUUGCGAGCUACCAACUGUGGUUGAGGUGAAGAAGAUGAUUCUGGAAGGUCCCGACAGUACGCAGGUGGAGUCAGACAUUCAGAUGUACCUGCUAGCGCUGAAGAACUCCCUGCUGCCCGAGGCCAUUCCCCUGUUUUCCAAAUAUGCUGAGUCGGAGGUCGGGGCAUACUGCACCAUCUCCCUCACAGCCCUGCAGAGAUACGACGUCACCCUCAUCACAGAUGAGGUGAAGCAGACGGUGAACCGAGUGUACCACCAGAACCGCCGGGUCUACGAGAAGAAUGUGAGGGCAGCAGCCGCGGAUGUCGUCUUUAGCAGCAACCCCUCAUACAUGGAGGUGAAGAAUGUGCUCCUGUCCAUCGGAAACCUUCCCAAAGAGUUGAACAAGUACAUGCUUUCCAAGGUCAAGGACAUCCUCCAUUUUGAAAUGCCUGCCAGCAAAAUUCUACGGCAAGCCAUGAAGGACAUGAUCUCCCACAACUAUGACCGCUUCUCCAAGGUUGGGUCAUCCUCUGCUUUCUCUGGCUUCAUGGCACGUACCGCUGAUGCCACUACCACCUACAGUCUGGACAUUCUGUACUCUGGCUCUGGGGUCCUCAGGAGGAGCAACAUGAACAUCUACGGAGCCAGUAAUGGCGCCCUGCUACAUGGCCUCCAGGUGGCAAUUGAGGCCCAAGGCAUGGAGUCCCUGAUCGCGGCCAAGCCGGACGAAGGCGAGGAGGACCUGGAGUCCUUCGCUGGGAUGUCGGCUCUGCUUUUCGACGUCCAGCUGCGGCCUGUGACCUUCUUCAAGGGCUACAGUGACCUCAUGUCCAAGAUGUUCUCCAUGUCUGGCGAGCCCAUGAACGUGGUAAAGGGCCUGAUCCUGCUCACUGACCACUCUCAGGUCAUCCAGCUUCAGUCUGGGCUGAAGGCCAAUGCCGAGUUCCAGGGUGGCUUGGCCAUUGACAUCUCAGGAGGCAUGGAGGUCAGCCUGUGGUACAGGGAGUCAAAGACCAGCGUCAACAACAGGGGAGCCAUGGUGGUGACUGGGAAUGUGACCGUGGACAUGGACUUUGUGCGCACUGGGAUGGAGGUGAGCUUUGAGACGGAGGCGUCUCUAGACUUUAUCACCACGGUCCAGUUCUCGGAGUACCCUUUCCUGGUGUGCAUGCAGAUGGACAAGACCACCUUCCCCUUCAGUGAGUCCCUAACAAAAUACGAGAGCCUGCCAUCGGGGAAGAGCUACGUGUCACGCAGGGGCCACAAGCAGCUGUUGCCUGGCUCAGAGUUCCCUCUCCACCAGGAGAACUCCAACAUGUGCAAGAGGGUGUUUGACUCAGACUGGUAGUCUUCUCCAGGUCAAUCCAUCGGUAAGAAGAUGGAAGAUCUUUUGCAGAGUGUAGAGAGUUAUGGAUCAACAACUCUAUUUUGUUAUUACGUCACAGUGUAAACAGUGUGUUGUAUGAGGCGGAUAAAUGGAUGCUAGCUAGCUGAGAUAUGACCAUUGUAAAAUGUGUGCCUUUUUUGUUGAUCUGAUUGGAAAAUGGGCCAAUUGUUUUCACCGCUUUACGUCGGAGUUCAGUUUACUGAAAAAUUGCUAACUAGAGGCUAACUUGUUAGCUGUUUACUACUAUUUAUCUCCCUUUCGAUCCCACAACACAAUGCGUUAUUUACAGUGUGACAAUAGUGGAAUAAGGUUAUUCUUUUAAUGAGUCCUACUUGAAAUUCUGUCUGGAGAGUUAUUUAUUAUUAUCUUUUAAAGCUAUCCAGGAACACCUACUGUAUCGCACCACAGGCAAAAAAACAUGAAAUUGAUUUUUAUUUUUUAUUUUUUUUUACAACAUAAACAUGUUUACAUUCUUAAUUCAAUGUUUUUAUUUCAAAUCAGGAAUUUCUCUGGUGACUUUAUGAAUUUGUUUGCAUAUGUAUUUAUAUGGGUAGAUGAGUAUCAUCUACAUUAUGUGGUAUAUACCCAAUAUAGCUAUGUGAUACAACACCAUAUUCGUCUAUGUAAAUAUGGUACAUAGCUUUGGGUGAGUUGAUGCUAUAGUUGAAUUUACUGUAAUUUACAUAGAUGCUCACAUUACACCGUUUAUAGUUUGUGGAUGUGGUUUCCAUGGCUACAGAGAUUGAAUUACACUAAAGUCAUUGCGUAACAAUGUAAAAUAAUGUAAUCAUUACUUGAUUCACUCUGUAACAAGCUUGAAGGAGCUGUUACAUGAGACCAGAUAACACAGGGUUAAUUUAUUUCAUUAACUGCUAUCAUUUUGAAUUUAUGGAUGUUAAACAUGUAUAUCAAUAGGAAAAUGUAUGAAUAAUUUAUUUACAUUUGUAAUUGGGCCUAUUUACAUAAUUUGGUCCUGUAUCCCUAAGAAAUGUGACUUAAUAUUAUAAUUAUUACAUUAAACCUUUGAUAUAUA